AUGGCACCAAACAAGUUUUAUUGGGUAUCCUUACCAAACUAUGUGAUCAUUCUGAAUUUAUCCAAUAACGCUUUGACAAGGAUAGAUGGUAAGACAUUUAAAGAUUUGUUCUUUCUUCAAAUAUUAGAUUUAAGAAAUAACUCGAUUGGAUAUAUUGAAGAGAACACAUUUCUUCCUUUGUAUAAUUUGCAUACUUUAAAUUUAGCCGAAAAUCGAUUACAUACAAUUGACGAAUACCUUUUUAAUGGAUUAUUUGUUCUUAGUAAAUUAAAUUUAAAUAAUAACCUUUUAAUAACCAUUGAUACAAAAGCUUUUAAAAAUUGCUCUGAUUUGAAAGAAUUGGAUUUAAGUUCCAAUCAAUUAAUAGACGUUCCUAAGGCUAUUUGGGAAUUAUCGCUAUUAAAAACUUUAGAUAUAGGGGAAAAUCAAAUAUCAGAUAUAAAAAAUGGAUCUUUUAAAAAUUUAGAUCAAUUAACAGGCUUGAGACUAAUUGAUAAUCAGAUCGGAAACCUUAGUGUAGGUAUGUUUUGGGAUUUACCGAGUCUUCAAGUAUUAAAUUUAGCAAAAAAUAAAAUACAGGCUGUGGAGAGAGAGAGCUUUCAAAGAAAUAAGCAAUUAGAAGCCAUACGAUUAGAUGGUAAUUUUAUAUCCGAUAUUAAUGGAGUGUUCUCGGCUGUAUUGAGCUUACUUUGGCUCAACCUAUCAGAAAAUCAUUUGGUUUGGUUCGACUACGCCUUUAUACCGGGUAAUUUGAAGUGGUUAGAUAUUCACGGAAAUUUUAUUGAGCACUUAGGCAAUUACUAUAAAAUCCAAGACGAAAUUCGAAUAAAGACAUUAGAUGUUAGCCAUAACCGAAUUGUAGAAAUAUCUCCAUUAGCAAUUCCAAAUAGCGUAGAACUGUUAUUCAUAAACAAUAACCACAUUAACAACAUUCAAGUAAAUACAUUUAUAGAGAAGCGCAAUCUCACCAGAGUUGAUAUUUACGCAAAUGAGAUAUCUCAUUUAGAUAUCAACAGCCUCCGGUUAUCGCCAGUCCCGUCGAAUAAGUCGUUGCCAGAGUUCUACAUCGGAGGAAAUCCGUUUGAUUGCGAUUGUUCAAUGGAGUGGUUGCCUUUAAUAAACAAUAUGACUGCCACGAGACAAUAUCCCAGAAUAAUGGAUCUUGAAAAUGUUUUAUGUAAAAUGACUCAUACUAGAGGUGUUACACAUAUACCUUUAAGCAACUUAAAAUCAACAGAUUUCUUGUGCACGUAUGAAACCCAUUGUUUUACGCUAUGCCACUGUUGCGAUUAUGUCGCAUGCGAUUGCCAAAUGACUUGUCCCAAUAACUGUUCUUGUUACCACGAUCCGACCUGGCAUACAAAUGUAGUCGAUUGUUCCAGUCAAAGCGCUAUUGAAAUACCAGAAAAAAUUCCAAUGGAUGCAACUGAGGUUUAUUUAGAUGGGAAUGACUUUAAAGAAUUGCAAAAUUAUGCAUUCAUAGGCAGAAAAAAUAUGAGAUCGCUUUAUGUAAAUUCAAGUAAAGUCGAAAACUUACAUAACAGAACAUUCGCUGGCUUAUCUUCACUUGUGUUAUUACAUCUUGGAAAUAAUAAGCUUGAACAUUUAAAUGGAUACGAGUUCGAGCAUUUGACUCAACUAUCUGAACUAUAUUUACAAGAUAAUUUCAUUAGUCAUAUUGUUAAUACGACUUUUUCACAUUUAGUCGCUUUGAAAACUUUAAGAUUAGAUGGAAACAGAUUAGUUGAAUUCUCUAUUUGGAGCUUAACAUUAAAUAAAAAAUUAAAUAGUCUUUCAAUUGGUAAUAAUAUGUGGUCAUGCAAAUGUAGAUAUUUGCAGAGAUUUACAGCGUAUAUAUCAGAAAAUGUUGUUAAAAUCGCUGAUAUUGCAGAUGUAUGGUGCGCAAAUAUAGGUAGCCCUUCAUCACAAAGAAAAGAAUUAAACCUUAACGGCACAAUAUGCAGUGACUAUUAUGCAAGUGAAUCUGGGAUUGAUAAUAUGAUAAUGUCUAACUACUUACCUAUGAUGGUCACUUCAUUUACGGGAUUUUUGUUAAUAUUACUUUCUACACUUAUUGUUUUCUUAUUUAGAGACACUAUACGAAUAUGGCUCUAUACUAGUUGUGGCAUUCGAUUUUUUCCAUUUACUGGAGGCUAUGAUGAAACAGACAAAUUAUACGAUGCGUACAUAUGCUACAGCCCUAAGGAUGAUGAUUUUGUUAUACAAACUCUCGCUGCUGAAUUGGAAAAUGGAAAUCCUUCAUAUCAUCUAUGCCUGCAUUAUCGAGAUAUACCACAACACGGUGUAGCUUAUAUGCAGUAUACUUUACCGCUCCCAGAAGCAGCAGAAGCGUCAAAGCGCAUACUUAUUGUUUUGACGAGAAACUUCUUAGAGACCGAAUGGUCUCGCUAUGAAUUUAGACAAGCACUACAUGAUAUACUUAAAACUAGAAUUUAUACUUUAGUUCUCAUUGAAGAGAGUUCCGUCUUAAGCGAAGCAGAAUGUGACCCUGACUUAAGGCCAUAUUUAAAAACGGGCUUAAGAAUCAAGUGGGGUCAGAAUAAAUUUUGGGAGAAAUUACGUUAUGCAAUGCCUGACCGGCAAUAUAAAUCAAAAUCGUCUAGCUUUAGAAAUAACAUCAACUCAUAUACAAUGAGAAGUGGUGUGCAAAACGGUACAAUGAGAUCGUUUUCUUUUACUGAUAAAAUGAGAGGGUCUGGCGAUAUCGUGAAUGCUACUCCUGAAUGUAUAGAAGGUCGUCCUCAACAUCCACAGCCUUUGUAUGGGUCAGAUGGUAGACCGCCAUCAGAUCAUAUUUAUUCAUCCAUCGACUCAGAUUACUCAUCAUUAGAGUUAGGUGGGAGUAAUCCUAAUCGAAGGCGAGAGUUUAGGCACUGGCCGCCUCCUCCUAUAAUUGAUACACAGCAUUCGGGUCAAGCUUACCUUGUCUAGUCUACGCUUCUUAAUGUUAAUAUUGAAAUCAUAUAAACGAAGCUUCUUGUGUAAAUUGUUAUAAUUGCAUCGCGCUUUACCAAAUAAUUAAGAUUUUAAUCUAUUUUUGUAAUUCCUAGCCAUUAAAGUGGACGUUGAUUUCGUAAAGUUGGUGUAAAUAAAUUCUAUAAGACUGCUGUAGAAUAUGUGAAUUAUGUAAAUAAUAUGUAAAUAGAUGUCCAUAUUAAGUCACAGUAUACCUAUUUAUAUACUUUAAU